GGUGGAGUUGCUGUUGUUUCCAGUUUCUUCCACUUUGUUAUAAUACCACUAACAGUUGACCGUGCAAUAUUUAGUAGAAAGGACAUUUUAGAGAUGGACUUAUUGCACAGGUGGCAGCCUAACAUGGUACUAUGCUUGAAUUCACUGAGCUCCUGAGAGCGACCCAUUCUUUCAAAAAUGUUUGUAGAAGAAGUCUGCAUGCCUAGGUGCUUGAUUUUAAACACCUAUGGCCAUGGAGGUGAUUGGAACACCAGAAUCCAAUGAUUUAGAGGUUGAUUGGAACACCUGAAUCCAAUGAUUUGGAG